AUGGCAUUUCGCCUUGAGAAAGCUGGCUACGAAGUGAUAGCUCUGGAUCUACCAUCGACAUGUGACCAGCCACACCCUGACAGCUGGAAGCAUGACAUCGACCAUAUAGCGCAGCAAAUUGAGAAGACUGCAGACGAAGGCAAAGACGUUUUAUUGGUCAUGCAUAGCAGAGGCGGAAUUGCUGGUGGCGACGCUUGCGAAGGUCUAAGCAAAGCGGACAGGGAGAAGACCGGCAAGAAAGGUGGCGUUGUGCGCUGCGUCUUCAUUGCCGCCUUCGCAGCCUCCGAAGGCCAAACACUCUUCCUAGCAAGUCGUGGUCCGGACCUCUGGCUCGACAUGAAGAGCCGUGGGAAGGGCAUUGCAUUUCCGGAGAACGUGGCGGAGAUCUUCUACAACGACUGCACUCCCGAGCAGAUCGAGGAAGCGAAAAAGCACAUCAAACCGAUCUCAACUUCUGUAUUCGUGAGUCCAGCGAAGUACGCCGCUUGCCACCACAUUCCGAGCACGUACCUGCUUUGCGAAAAGGACAAUGCGAUUCCCAUCUAUGCUCAAGAGGCUAUGAGUUCGCAGCCUGGGUCGAACUUUGAUCAUAUCGAGAGGUGCAGUGCAUCUCAUAGUCCAUUCUUGAGUAUGCCUGACUAUACGACGGAGGUCAUCAGGAGAGCGGCUGGAGAACAGAUCUGA